GGCCGGGGGUGCCGCGGGUCUGGGGGCCAUGGCCGGGGUGCAGCAGGGAGAGAAGCAGCUCUUCGAGAAGUUCUGGAGAGGCACCUUCAAAGCCGUGGCCACGCCGCGACCCGAGAGCAUCAUCGUGGCCAGUAUCACCGCCCGCAAGCCGCUGCCCAGUGGGACGCUGGGCUGCCUGCCGUACCCUGCGGAGGACAGACGGCCCGAGAAGCUGAGCAGCUGCGUGGUCAGGGAGCCUGCCAGCACCAAUGGCUGUGCCAAGGGGAGGGACAGACGAGACCAUGCCCACCGCAGGUCACGCAGCCCUUCAUGUGAUGAGGAGCGGCUGCCGCCGGCUCGGGGGAAGAAGAAGAAGAAGAAAUCUGGCCGCAAGAAGCGAAGGAGGUCUCCCUCCUACAGCCCUUCACCUGUGAAGAAGAAGAAAAAGAAAAGCUCCAAGAAGCGAAAAAGAAACAGGUUAUCAUCAAAGAAGAGAAGGCACAGUUCUUCAAGCCCCAAAAGUAAGAGAAAGGAAGAAAGAAAACACAAAAAACACUCUCGUGGGCGCGCCCGGAAAUCCCAUCGGCAUCGCCGCUGCCACUCUCGCUCGGAGAGCUCCGACUCCCACUCCCCCAGCUGCCGGAGCAGGCACAGAGCCAGGUCUCGGGAGGAAGGGCGUAAAACACGGCGAAGACACUCCUGGCACCAUUCAAAGAUCACGGCAAAGAGAAGCUCCUCUGCAGAGGUUCAGGCCAGUCAAAAAGCCAGCCAAACCCUCCCACUCUACAGCUUCCUGUCUUCUAAGGAAGUAAUCUCUCAGUCAGGGUCUUCUGCUGACCUCUUUACCAAAACAGACAGCCCGCCUGGCAACCUAGCCAGCCAGAAUGGAGAGUAUCAUGAAUAUGACUCAGGAAACGAUACUUCCUCCCCUCCCUCCACUCAAACGAGCUCAUCCAGGUCAAAGGACAGCCAGGAGAAAAGAAGUCUAGUCCAUGAUGGCUUUGGCCAUGCCUUCUCGUCCGGGAAGCCCAAACUGGCCAACAGCGAUAACAGCUCUGAUUCAGGAAAUUCCUUCACCAGUUGCUUUUCCCAGACCAAGGGAACAGCUUUGGAAAAUCUGUCUCCAGAUGCCCAGGGACAAGACCGAAGAGCGUGCCUACCCUCAUGUCUGGGUUCCUCAGAGAAGAAGCGACCCUCCCUGCCCUCCCCAGCGCACAGCUCCCCGCUCAGGCCUGGCUCCCGCAGCGAGUCCUGCAGCAGCACGGGCAGAUCCUCCCCCGGCUCCAGCCGCUCCCGCUCCUCCCACCGCAAGGCCUCUCCCAGCUACUCCCGAAGCAGCUCCUGCUCCUCGGGAAAGAGGUCUUCCUCACGUUCCCCCAGCUAUUCCUCCAAAUCCUGCAAAAAAAGUCCUGGGAGUAGAAGUUCCAGGCCUCGCCGGAGCCCCAGUUACUCCCGCUACAGCCGCAGCAGGGACCGCGAGCGGGAGCACAAGUACAGCUCCAGCGAGAAGGAGUCGCAGCGGCAGCGGCGGCGCCGCUCCUACUCCCCCCUGAGGAAACGCCGGAGAGACUCUCCCAGCCACCUGGAAGCUCGGCGCAUCACAAGUGCCCGCAAACGCCCCAUCCCCUACUACCGUCCCAGCCCCUCCUCCUCCAGCAGCGCCGGCAGCUAUUCCUCCUGGUACAGCAGCUUCAGCCGCUCCCCCAGCCGCAGCCGGAGCUACUCCAGCUACCGGACGAGCCGGAGCCGAAGCUGGAGCAGCAGCCGGAGCUCGGGCCCCAGGAGCAGCCGCAGCAGGAGCAGGAGCUAUGACUCAGGAGCCAGCUCCGACAGCCUGCGUCGUUAGGGAGUGUCACUGCUGGCUGACACCGGGUGCCGGCGUCACCGCCACAUUCCUGGCAUUCUCCGCUUCCUUCCCACCUACCUGGCCAUCGAUAGCAAUCAUCCCCGAUACUGACGUGGUGGCAUUGCCGGGUCCCCCUGCCCCGGUUCGGAGUAAGAGCCCUGGUGCAGCCCCUCCGCCCCAGCGCGGGGUGGGUGGAUCAGUCCCAGCUCCGCAGGCCAGGCUGGAAGAAGGGUCGGUGCUUUACAGAGGGUCUGUCACCACAGACCUGCUCCAUCCUCCCUGAUGCUCCCAUCUGCUAUUGCUACUGCUCUCCAAAGCAUACCAGCGGGUCCAAAGGAAAGAAGUCUGCUCCUUGCUCUUCUGACAAAUCAGGAACCAACAAAUCAACUUCUGUUGGAGAGACAGACCCCGUUGGGGAGGAGUUUGCUGGAAAACUUCAGUGAUGGGGGGAUGGCUGUCCCCACCAAGGCAAAUAUCAGGUCCUUUGGGUCUCUCCUCCAGAGCUGCUGCCCACUCUGCAGAGAAAAUAUUUAUUUUUUUGCCAGUCAGCCAGUCCCUGCUAUAAAGAGAAGGCUAGAAAUCCCUCCCGACGUACUUUCUGGGAAAAAAAAAAAAGGCUGUUUGCUCUUUCUCCUGUCCUUUCCUACCAGGUAGCAGCAGCUUUUGCAGGGUUGUUUUAUCCCCCCUGCGCUGAAUUGCUUGCAAACCACCUGCUGAGGUCUGAAGGGGACCUGGGGCUGGUGGGGUACAAGGCAGAGGGGAAGUGGUGCUGUGCUGUGCUCAAAGGGGCCAUGGGCUUCCCUUCUUGGAGGAAGCCUCGGACAGUUUGGGUUUAUGUUCUUUGGGGAGCAUUGCCCUCAGAGUGCAGUGCUGUGGGACCAGAGAGAGCUGUAGAGAUAGCAGUUGUGGGGUGCAGUCAGAACACACAGGGUUAAAAGGGCACUGCAAGAGCCAGGAGACCCCAGUUCCCCUUCCUCAAACCAUGCAGCAAUUUCAGGCAGGAUUCCAGGCAAUCAUUCCUCCUUGGGCCCCCUGGCUGCCCGGGGACAGGGUAUCAGGGCCAGUGCCAGGCUGCAGCAGGAUGCACUGGUGCCCCAGGUUGUUACUGGGAGGCCAGAGCAGUGCAGGGGAACACGAAGGGCCCCCCACUAAUUGCCUGUU